AUCGCAUCGUUUUAAUUUGGUUUAUCUUGGAUUAUUGAGAGUUACAGGGCUAAGUUUUCAGUAGAACCAUGGAUGUUGCAGAUGCACAAAUCGGUCAGUUACGCGUCAAAGAUGAUGUGGGAAUACGCACCCAGAAGCUCUUUCAAGACUUCCUCGAGGAGUUCAAGGAGAAUGGCGAAAUCAAGUACACUCGUCCCGCCGCAAAUCUGGAGUCGCCCGAUCGCUGCACCCUUGAGGUGAGCUUUGAGGAUGUGGAGAAGUACGACCAGAACCUAGCCACGGCUAUCAUCGAGGAGUACUACCACGUCUACCCGUUCCUCUGCCAGUCGGUCUCCAACUACGUGAAGGAUCGCAUUGGCCUCAAAACAAACAAGGACUGCUAUGUGGCCUUCACGGAGGUGCCGACUCGUCACAAGGUACGUGAUCUGACUACUUCGAAGAUCGGCACCCUUAUCCGCAUCUCCGGUCAAGUGGUGCGAACGCAUCCCGUCCACCCGGAGCUCGUCUCGGGCACCUUCAUGUGCCUGGACUGCCAAACUGAAAUCCGUAACGUGGAGCAGCAGUUCAAAUUCACCAAUCCCACCAUCUGCCGAAAUCCCGUGUGCUCUAACCGCCGCCGUUUCAUGCUCGAUGUAGAGAAGAGCCUGUUUCUCGACUUUCAAAAGAUCCGUAUCCAGGAGACACAGGCGGAGCUUCCCCGCGGCUGCAUUCCGCGUGCAGUUGAGAUUAUUUUGCGCUCAGAACUGGUGGAGACCGUCCAGGCUGGCGAUCGCUACGAUUUCACCGGCACUCUCAUCGUGGUACCCGAUGUCAGUGUGCUGGCAAUGCCUGGAACCAGAGCCGAGUCCGGCUCCCGCCACAAGCCCGGCGAGGGCAUGGAGGGAGUCACCGGAUUGAAGGCCCUAGGUAUGCGCGAGCUCAACUAUCGCAUGGCCUUCCUGGCCUGCAGCGUCCAGGCAACCACUGCGCGCUUCGGCGGCACAGAUCUUCCCAUGUCUGAGGUCACCGCCGAGGACAUGAAGAAGCAGAUGACGGACGCCGAGUGGCAUAAGAUCUACGAGAUGUCCAAGGAUCGCAACCUGUACCAGAACCUCAUCACCUGCCUCUUCCCCUCCAUUUACGGCAACGACGAAGUGAAGCGGGGAAUUUUGCUGCAGCUGUUCGGGGGCGUAGCCAAGACCACAAUAGAGAAGACCUCGCUCCGUGGCGACGUAAACGUCUGCAUUGUCGGCGAUCCCAGCACGGCCAAGUCGCAGUUCCUCAAGCAGGUGUCGGACUUCUCGCCACGCGCCAUUUACACUUCGGGGAAGGCCUCAUCGGCGGCAGGUCUCACGGCCGCGGUGGUGCGCGACGAAGAAAGCUUCGACUUUGUGAUCGAGGCGGGCGCCCUGAUGUUGGCCGACAACGGCAUCUGUUGCAUCGACGAAUUUGACAAGAUGGACCUGCGCGACCAGGUGGCCAUACAUGAGGCCAUGGAGCAGCAGACGAUCUCGAUUGCCCGCGCCGGAGUCCGGGCCACACUGAAUGCCCGCACAUCGAUCCUGGCCGCUGCCAAUCCUAUCAAUGGCCGCUACGACCGUUCCAAGAGUCUACAGCAGAACAUCCAGCUGUCGGCUCCGAUCAUGUCUCGCUUUGAUUUGUUCUUCAUUCUGGUCGACGAGUGUAACGAGGUGGUGGACUAUGCCAUUGCUCGGAAGAUUGUGGACCUCCACUCGAACAUAGAAGAAUCGGUAGAGCGGGCAUACAGCCGCGAGGAGGUACUGCGCUACGUGACCUUCGCUCGCCAGUUCAAGCCGAUCAUCGGCCAGGAGGCCGGCAAAAUGCUGGUGGAGAACUACGGCCAUCUGCGCCAGCGUGAUACGGGCACCGCCGGCCGUAGCACCUGGCGUAUCACCGUCCGCCAGCUGGAGUCUAUGAUCCGGCUGAGCGAGGCCAUGGCCAAGCUGGAGUGCUCGAAUCGUGUGCUGGAGCGACACGUCAAGGAGGCUUUCCGUUUGCUGAACAAGUCUAUUAUCCGCGUGGAGCAGCCCGACAUCCACUUGGACGAUGACGAUGAUCUGGACGUGGACGAUGGCAUUCAGGAUGAUAUUGACAUGGAGAACAACGGGUCUGCGGCCAACACUGAAACCGACACCUUAGACACUUCGGGCGCCAGCACUGUCCAGAAGAAGAAGUUUACCCUCUCUUUCGAGGACUAUAAGAACCUAUCCACCAUGCUGGUGCUACACAUGCGUGGCGAAGAAGCCCGCUGCGAGGUUGAGGGCAGCGACUCUGGCAUGAAGCGUAGUGAUGUAGUCACCUGGUACCUGGAACAGGUCGCCGACCAGAUCGAGUCAGAGGACGAGCUCAUCUCGCGUAAGAACCUCAUCGAAAAGUUGAUCGAUCGCCUCAUCUACCACGACCAGGUAAUCAUUCCCCUUAAGACAUCCAACCUGUCCAGGCUCAAAGGGCCGGCAGAGGAGCAAGUGGACAAUGAUCCCCUUCUAGUGGUCCAUCCCAACUACGUCGUCGAUUAAUUCUCUCCACAAACAUCCAUUAUACUCCUAUCUAGUUUUUAGGAUUGUGUUUUCUCUUUCGUGUUUGAAAGUUUUUUUGGACCCAUUCCUUAUAUAUGGAUUUAUCUAGCUCUGUAAGUUAUUCUGAAAAACACUGUUAAGUUUAGCUCUAAGUUUUCAUGAUGUCAUCGAUCAUCACUGAUCGUCCUGGGUCAUACAGCGUGGUCUAAUUAAAAACCAACUUUUGAAUUUUUGUUUCUGCCUAAUAAACGUUCACCGACAAUUAA